AUGUCUCAUUUUCUUCCCACGUCUCUCUCGCUGUACAUUCUCACGACGUACACUUCGGCGUUUGGAUUUCUCUUGUUGGUACUGAUCGCAUGUUUCUUUCUCUAUUGGAUCAUUAUACGUUCAAAAGGAAACAAAAAUCAAUUAAAUAAUACAUUCAUGAUGGCCUUCCAUGUGUCAUCGACAUUAAAAUUAGCUCGGAUUGGAAUGAUUUGUUUAUCGCUGAAAAUACUCGAAAUGGCAACCUUUAUUUGGUAUGGAUGGAUGUAUGUUCAGGAUAAAUAUCAAACGGUUUAUUGGUCUGGAUCCAUCGCUCUCGUUGUUUCGGAUUAUUUAUUUCAAGUGUGUUUCACAUGGUUUGUUUUGGAAUUAGUUUUUGAAGGAAUUCGGAAAGCAUGCAAAGUAUCGGUGAUGAAAUAUCAUGGAAAAUGGUUUUCUUUUUUUAUUUCCAUGUUGGUGUUUUUGGGAGUGUUUGGAUGUUGUUUUGGAUAUUUGGUCACACCUCUGAUUUUCAUCAUGCAUUUAUUUUGUAAUUUUGUUUCUGUGAAUAGUGUGGAAACAGCUCAUUGGUCAACGAAUUUAUCACAUGUUUUGAUUUUAGGAAUUUGCUCAUUAUUUCUCCUCGUAUUAAGUUCGAGAAUGAAAAAUGAAUACAAACAUGUGGUCGAUCAUGUGGAUGUGGAUUUUAACGAGACGGAAGAACAAGUGUCACUCAAAACAAGACAAGCUGCAAGACUUGUUGCAAUCAUGUCUAUAUUGAUUUUGGUGUAUUGUUUUGUCUUUUUGAUGCAAAAUGUCUUUUUAGAAAUUCCACAAAUUUAUGUCAGAGAAUUAAGUGUAUUAGGUGCCUCGAAUACCAUCUCUGAUAACCUUCAUUUGUGGUUUAAUGUUUUACCUCAAUUUUACAUUCCAGUGAUGUUCAUAUUCUUUGGUCUCUGUAUUGGGAAAUUUAACUCUAUUCAAGAUCCCAACAUGUACAUCAAUCGCUAUUAA